GCCAAUAUGGCGGCGCCCAGUCGUUACACGCGUUGAUUUCGUCCCGGGUUUGCCGUUUCAUGACAUUGUGGAGGUUCUUGCGUGCGUUCUCGCAGAAAAUGACGAAGCCACAAGUGGUUUUUGUUCUCGGUGCUCCUGGUGCAGGAAAAGGAACCCAAUGUGCCAAUAUUGUCCAGGAUUUUAAUUUCGUUCAUCUGUCAGCUGGGGAUCUCUUGCGAGAGGAGCGGAAUCGUCCCGGAUCUGAAUUUGGUGAAAUGAUAGAAAACUGCAUUGCCCAGGGCACAAUUGUGCCUGUGGAAGUAACUUGCAGCCUGCUUGAGAGGGCUAUGCAAGAGAGUGGAAAAAGCAAGUUUCUCAUCGAUGGUUUCCCACGAAAUGAAGACAAUUUGACCGGCUGGGAACGACAGAUGCACGACAAGGCAGAUGUUCGGCUUGUCCUUUCCUUCGACUGCAGUGAAGAAGUGUGCACACGUCGAUGCCUAGACAGAGGUGCAGCCGGAAGCGGGCGGAUCGACGACAAUGCCGAGAGUCUAAAGAAGCGCUUUGACACCUUCUACAAUUCAACCAUGCCUAUCAUUCAGCAUUAUGAAAAGUUGAAUUUGCUCAGGAAGAUAGAUGGUGACAAAGCUCCAGAUGAGGUAUUUCAAGAAGUGAAGACCAUUCUGAUGAAGGAGAGCCUUUGCUGACCGCAUCUUCCAGACUCCAUGUUAUAGAAAUAUUAAUGGGCUUCACUGUUUGGUAGACCAUUCCCAUUAUUUAUCAUUUCUGUAUCCACAAUGCUGACAUUUAUUAGGUGACUGAUCUCAAUUUUUUCUCCAAAUUGGUGUUAAUGGGACUUCAGAAGCGGUAUUGUGAUUGCGGUUUAUUGACAGAUUUUGUCCCUAUGCUUUAAUGUGAAAUGAAAUAAACAACUUCAGAAC